AACACUACCAAUGUUGACAUAAUCAUGAAAUUAGAAAUUGGUGCCCAAGUUGAUAUCCAGCGCUCUGAUGGUCGUAUCCAUUCAGCCAGUGUCAGUGGUGUGGACAUUGUUGGACAAAAUGUUACAGUUGAAUGGUUUGAGUAUGGUGAAACGAAAGGAAAGGAGAUCAACUUGGAUCAAGUGUAUGCAUUAAAUCCACAAUUUCAACCAAAAAUAAACAUGCAAUCAAAGAAUAAACGUCAGUCAAUGCCACAUAACCCAACGCCUGCUGUUCAUAAAGAAAGGAACUCACCUUCAAGCCGCCCAUCAAGAAGUUUACGUUCUAAGUCCCUGGCACCACAACAUUCGUCUGUGAAACAAAACAAACAGUCAAACAGCCGAAAACAUGAUCCAACUGAUGAAAGUGACGAUACCAUGAUUCAGCCGAAACCAAUUGAAAAGGAAAAUAAAAAGCCAGAACCAGCUCGUGGUCGAAGAUCAAAUUGUGUUAAAGAAGUUGAAAAGCUGAAAAAAAACAGAGAAGAUAGAAGAGCACGACAAACUGAAAUAAAGAAGGAAAAUGAAAAGGUGCAAAUGACGUUAGAUCCUGGAAAUCCUAACUGGCAAUUUCUCAAAAUGAUUCAGGACUUUCAAGAAACAUUGGGUGAACAGAGACACAUGGAUAUGAACGAUCCUAUCGUUGAUCACAGAAUUUGUGUUUGUGUUCGUAAAAGACCACUUAAUAAAAAAGAAAUAGCAAAAAAAGAUAUUGAUAUUAUAACGAGUCCUGAUAAAGAACUCACCAUUGUACAUGAAUGUAAACUGAAAGUAGAUCUCACAAAGUACUUAGACAAUCAUAAAUUCAGAUUUGAUUAUUCAUUUGAUGAAGACUCCACCAAUGAACUUGUGUAUCGGUACACAGCCAAACCACUUGUUGAAACUAUAUUUCAACAAGGUAUGGCUACGUGUUUUGCAUAUGGGCAGACUGGCAGUGGAAAGACACAUACCAUGGGAGGCGAUUUUACACAAGGAAAAUCACAAGAUUGCAGCAAGGGAAUAUAUGCACUUGCAGCUGCUGAUGUUUUCAAACUACAAAAGUCGAAAUACAAAGCAAAAGAUUUGGUCGUCUCAGCUAGUUUCUUUGAAAUAUACAGUGGCAAGGUGUUUGAUUUAAUGAAUAAGAGAAAAAAAUUGAGAGUGCUUGAAGAUGGAAAAGCUCAAGUUCAAAUUCCAAAUCUUCAAGAAGUCAUUGUUUACAAUGUACAAGAUGUACUCAAGCUAUUGGAUCAAGGAAUGAAAACAAGAACGUCUGGUACAACUUCAGCUAAUCAAAACUCAUCAAGGUCACAUGCUAUCUUUCAAAUGAUACUACGAAAAAGGGGGAAAGGGAAAGAUGGUAGUAUGGGAUCAUUGCAUGGGAAAUUCUCUCUGAUUGAUUUGGCAGGAAAUGAAAGAGGGGCUGACACAAUUAGUUCUGACAGACAAACAAGAUUGGAAGGCGCAGAAAUCAACAAAAGUUUACUUGCUUUAAAAGAAUGCAUCCGAGCCCUGGGAAGAAAGGGUGCUCAUCUUCCAUUUAGAGCAAGUAAAUUAACUCAAGUGUUAAGGGAUUCGUUUAUUGGUGAAAAGGCUAAGACAUGUAUGAUUGCUAUGAUAUCUCCGGGAAUGUCGUGUACUGAAAAUACUUUAAAUACAUUGCGUUAUGCUGACAGGGCGAAAGAACUUGGCCCAGAAUCCAACAAAGAGAAGAAAGUGAUCGAUCUCGAUUAUAAUGAUGAUUAUGAUGAUAAUGAUGAACCAGCAGAACAUCCCCUAUCAAGUUCGCAAUCACAAUACAGAAAUGCUGAAUUAGCUAUGCUGUGUACGCAGAGUAACCAACUACAGCAAGGUUCUGAUGAUUUAUAUAAUUUCCAUGAAGCUGUGUCAUUGUUGAUUGAAACAGAAGAACAGGUGAUUGAUGAACAUCGUUCUAGUGUAGAGGAAAAUUACAGUUUGCUUGAAGAAGAGAAAAAACUUCUCGAAAGAAUUGAAAAUGAUGUCGAUUGUGAUUUGGAAGAAUAUGUUCAUCGGCUAGAUAUGAUUUUAAUGGAGAAGAUUGAGAAGUUCUCCACCCUCAGAGAAAAAGUUACUCUUUUUAAAGAACAACUAUUUGAAGAAGAAAAAGCCAGCAAAAAUGUUCGCCGUCUACCGUUUGUAUAGCACUCCACCUCACUGUAUUAGCACUCCUUUUUUCACACUUUGUUUAUAGGUUCAAAAAAUUGUAAAAAAAUUGUUGCUUUUUUCGUAAGGUUUUUUUAAACGACAGAGUUGCACUGUAACUCGCCAUAUCGAGGGAAAUGAUAUUAAUUUAUAUAUAUAUAUGCAGUUAAUGUUCUCGAUAACCUAAUUUUUAAGUAAGUAUAUGCCUUGAUUAACCUGUCACAAUUGCUGAACUUUCGACCUAUUUUCUUACGUAAUUUUUUCGCAUAAUUUUUGUAAUUAUUUCUCCAUCUUAGUCUCUUUUCGAGCGUGUAAAAUUUGUGAAGAAGAAUGAGUUGCGCUUUUUUGUUCUAUUUUUUAACUUCAUUCCCAACCCCCAGAGUACGAUUUCGCAGUAGAUCAAUAGCUGACAUGUUUACGUUUCAAACUAUUGGAAGUAUUACAUAGGUAGUGUUCAGUGAAAACACUCCAUAAUGUUGGAGCUCUCCUUCACAGGUGAUGUAAAGGAAUUAUCAUUACUUUUUACCGAACAUCAUCAAUAAUAUUUUGUGACAAGAUGAAGGAGAAUGCACCUUAGAUAAUGAAAAUAUACAUGUUCAACUAUAA